AUGCCUUACCCAAAUCCUUUCGGCAGGGACCGUGAAGGGACCGAACGCAACAUUACCGGCUACAAGGUCGCCACUAUCUUGAGCUUCUUGCUCAACUUGACCUUCACAAUUAUGUACACUGCCAACGCACCUGCUAACGCACAUGGUCACAAACAUUGGAAUCAUACAAUCUAUGGCCUCCGCGAUCAUGAUUACACCGCAUUCUCUCCUAGCUAUGUCUUCGUCAGCAUCUACUGGGUUACGCUCUUCAUCCUUCAAAUUGGGUAUAUCUGGCAUUUGUUUUCGGACAAUGCCGUUUAUGUCAAGCAGGCCGCCGCAGUAGGGUCCCAUUUCAUCCUUUUCAACCUCCUCCAGUUUGCCUGGGUUCAUCUGUGGACCCGUUCCCACUGGUGGUUCUCGGAACUUAUGCUCGCCAUAAACUGGAUCAAUCUCGUUAGCCUCUACUUGCGCCAUUCGAAUACCCCAAGAUGGGUUCACCUCCCCGCUGUGGCUCUCCCUUUGGCCUGGGUCGAAUUUGCUCUUUUCUGGAAUGGUGCUGUCAUGGUUCACUGUUCCAGCCUUGCCUGCAGAAUCCUCGCCAACGUUGGUAUUUGGAACUUCCUCGUCUUCGCCGCUUUCUUUUUGCUCGUCUUCAAGGAUUACCAAGUCGGCUUCGCUACUUCUUUCUUGAUGGCGGGGUUGGGAGUUGGUCAGUUCGCUACUAAAGCUUUUGCUCUGCAGUGGAUUUUCGCAUUCACCAUCAUGGCCGUCGUCUUCCUUGGGUCUCUCCUUGUCGCUGUUCCAACAAUCUUUAGUAACGAAGAACGGACCGAAGCCACAGCCGGUGAUCGUGAGAGAGCACCACUUUUGCAAGACGCCUAA